AUGGCUAUCGGACCGACCCUUGGCACCGGCCUGUUUCUCGCCGGCGGCCAGGCGUUGGCUGUCGGUGGACCAGCCUCACUGCUCAUUUCAUAUACAUUCUUAUCACUGCUUGUCUACUUCAUGGCCACUAGUGCCGCUGAAGUCGCGACCUAUAAACCUUCUCGCCAUGGCACGAUUGUCACUCAUGGUUUCCAAUACAUGGAUAACAGUCUGGGAUUCGCCACCGCCUGUGUACGCUGGUACACCAUGGCCAUGUUCGUCCCGUACGAGAUCACAACAGCGAUGGUCAACAUCGCACUGUGGAAUGCGGGCUCCAAUAUCGCCAUGUGGCUCAUAUUGACCACUGUCCUCAUUGUCGGUCUAAACUUCCUCCCCGAUCGAUCAUUUAAGAGCUGCGAAACCUUAUUUUAUCGCAUCAAAAUCGGCACCUUGGCUUGUCUUCUCGUUCUUUCGCUGUCCAUCGCCCUGGGAGGGACGACUGGUCAUGGUCACUGGGGAUUUCGAUACUGGAAAAAGCCUGGGGCUAUGCACGAGUACCUGGUACGCGGACCAGUGGGGAAAUUCUUGGGCUUGUUGCAAUGCAUUCAUCUCAGCACUACUGCCUUUACCUUUGCACCGGAGCUGAUUGUACAACGAGCGGAGCAGAGAGAGGUCGUUGGCCAGCCCGAGACACCAGAAAGCUUCCAGCCUGCGGCAAAGUCCAACAUUCCAAGGCGAGUGUUCGGGGACGUCUGUCAGACUGUGAUUCCUUAUAUCCUGGCUUCCUUGGCCAUGGGAGUCAUGGCUCCGUACAAUAAUCCUCUUCUCACGAACAGCGGCGCUGGCGCAGGCAUUUCUCCCUUCGUCAUCGGUAUAAACACCGCAAGAAUCCGAAUUCUUCCUGUUACUGCGACCCUUGCAAUCUUUCUCUCCUCUGUCACUUCGGCUCAGUCAUACCUGUACCUUGCAUCUCGCUCGCUCUACGCCCUAGCAGACGCCGGUCACGCGCCCACGAUGUUUAAGAACCGAAACAACUGGGGUGUUCCAUGGGUGGCUGUCAGUUUUACAGCAACUUUCACCUGCCUGGCCUUUUUGUCUGUUGCCAUACCAAGCUCGACCAUGACAACCUACUUCAUCCUCUCUGUGAACAGCUCUGGAUACCUCUCCUGGGUGUUAUCAUGUCUCGUCUACCGUCGUUUUCGUGUGCAAUUGCAUGCAAACAGGAUUACCGCCGCUUACCGUCAUGCCAUCCAACCUGUAGGCACAUGCGUCGGGUUUGGGUUCUGCAUCUUCCUUCUGCUGUGCAACGGAUUGAUCUCCGCUGUUUCAGGAAAUCGCAAUGGACCUCGAGUUGCCAGGAUCGUGAUGGCAUAUCUCAGUAUUCCCCUGUUCGGAAUUUUGUAUCUCAUUCAUCGAUUUGGAGAUACUGUUCCACGCGCGGGCCCCAACCAGGCAGGCCAUAUUAAGGAGACACCUAGGGCUCCAGAAACCAGGUAUUGCCCUCGACCAAGGCCCAUACCACAUGAGCGAUCACUCCAACCACCGACCUCUAUUGAGUUGGAUCAAGUCUGGGUGAUGGCCAGGGAGGCAUGA